CAUCUCCCCAUUACACUAUUACUAGCUAUUUGUAUACAUACCCCAAAGACCGCACUAAAAGUAUAGUGAAAUAAAGUAAAGUAAAAUUUAGUAGUUAGAGUAGAUGAGAUAAUCUGAUUUGAAAGCAAAAUUGAAAAUGUUAUCAAUCAAGACAGAACCUACGAAUUCCAACGGGUCAUAUCAAUUAUGUCGACUUUGUAUGAGCGAGGAAUUACUGGAUGAUAUAUUCAAAGAAGACAAUCUCUUCCAAUGGCUAUCGGAUUAUCUUUCAAUUGUGGUUUCCACCGAUGACCACUUGAGCCAUCUAAUCUGUUCUAUUUGUCGAAUGCGAAUGAUCGAAUUCCACCAAUAUCGAACUCGUUGUCAAGAAGUGCAGGACAUUCUGCAAUCUAUGGUUGGGGCCGAAGAAGUUGAAAAUGAGAAUUUAAGCUCCGUAGUUAUCAAUGAUCCGGGGACGGACGCUAAAUAUAUGAUUCAAUUGCUGGACGAAGAACCGCAACGAACUGAUUCACCGAUUCAAUGUGAAGUGUGUCUCAAAACAUUUGAUACGAAAAAACAGGUUAUCAAUCAUCAUAGGGCUCAUGUUCCCAAGAAACAUGCUUGUGAACGAUGUGGGAAAUCGUUCACAAGAAGUGAAUUUUUGAACAACCACAUAAAACGUCAGAAUUGUAAUGAUCAGGGGACGAGCUCUGAAUUACCGAUACAAUGUAAAGUGUGUCAUAAAAUAUUUAAUACGAAAAAGCAGUUAACGAAUCAUAAGAGGCUCCAUGGCCCCAGGAAAUAUGUUUGUGAACGUUGUGGAAAAUCGUUUGCAAGAAGGGAACAAUUGGUUCAACACACAAAAUGUUACAAAGAUAACUCAGAUGAUUACCAAACUGCAAAUGCGUAUGAUGAAACGAAAAAUGAAUCACUGACCGAUUUGCGAUGUGUCGUCAUCAAAAACGAGAACGCCGAUGACAUGAAUGAUGUGAUUGUAAUAGAGGAAGCUAAAAUUGAAACUCGUUUGGAUUCUGAGCAGGAAGCACGAAGUGCAUUAACAAAUGGCCAAUCUAAAAAUGAAACCGUCGUUGAACCAUUUAAGUGUGAGAUAUGUCAAAAAUCCUUUUUGUUUCGAGGCAGAUUAAAGCAGCAUAAGAAGUAUACACAUGGGAAGAAGCAACACGAGUGCCCCAUAUGUGGAAAACCUUUUGCAUACCAGCACCACAUGCAAGACCAUAUGCGAACGCACGAACCGCGCUGUGAACGGCAGUCAAAUGAAUCGGAAAAUUGCAACUCAAGAACUUUCCAAUGCAAUUUUUGCCAGAAGACAUACAAAACUGACAGGGACCUAGUUCAACACAAACGUUACCAGCAUGGACCAAAAAAACACGAGUGUCACAUCUGUGGCUUCCGAUUUUCAAAAGCUUUGAAAGAAAAAUUGAUAAUGUUAUCAAUCAAGACAGAACUUACGAAUUCUAACGGGUCAUAUCAAAUAUGCCGACUUUGUAUGAGCGAGGAAUUACUGGAUGAUAUAUUCAAAGAAGAAAAUCUCUACCAAUGGCUAUCGGAUUAUCUUUCAAUUGUGGUUUCCACCGAUGACCACUUAAGCCAUCUAAUCUGUUCUAUUUGUCGAAUACGAAUGAUCGAUUUUCACCAAUAUCGAACUCGUUGUCAAGCAGUACAAGACAUUCUGCAAACCAUGGUUGGAGCCGAAGAAGUUGAAAAUGAGAAUUUAAGCUCCGUAGUUAUCGAUGAACCGGGGACGGACGCUAAAUAUACGAUUCAAUUGCUGAACGAAGAACCACAACGAACUGAUUCACCGAUACAAUGUGAAGUGUCUCAUAAAACAUUUGAUACAAAAAAACAGGUUAUCAAACAUCAUAGGGCUCAUGUUCCCAAGAAAUACGCUUGUGAACGGUGUGGAAAAUUGUUCCAGAAAAGGGGAUUUGUGAGCAGGCACAGAAAAAGGAGCAAAUGUAGCGUUAUUGAUGAUCAGGGGACGAGCUCUGAAUCACCGGUACAAUGUGAAGUGUGUCAUAAAAUAUUUAAUACGAAAAAGCAGUUAAUCAAUCAUAAGAGGGAACAUGGCCCCAUAAAAUAUGUUUGUGAACGUUGUGGAAAAUCUUUUAUAAGAAGGGAACGAUUCCUUGAACACGCAAAAUGUUACAAACAUAACUCAGAUGAUUAUCAAACUGCAAAUGUGUAUGAUGAAACGAAAAAUAAAUCACAGACCGAUUUGCGAUGUGUCGUCAUCAAAAACGAGAACGCCGAUGACAUGAAUGAUGUGAUUGUAAUAGAGGAAGCUAAAAUUGAAACUCGUUUGGAUUCUGAGCAUGAAGCACGACGUGCAUUAACAAAUGGCCAAUCUACAAAGAAAAAUGAAACCGUCGUUGAGCCAUUAAAGUGUGAGAUAUGUCAAAAAUCCUUUUUAUAUCGAAGCAGGUUACAAAACCAUAAGAAGUAUACACAUGGGAAAAAGCAACACGAGUGCCCCAUAUGUGGAAAACCUAUUGCCUACCAGCAUAAUAUUCGACACCAUAUGCGAACACACGAACCGCGCUGUGAACGGCAGUUAAAGGAAUCGGAAAAUUGCAAUGUAAGAGCUUUCAAAUGCAAUUUUUGCCAGAAGACAUACAAAAGUGACAGGGACCUAAUUAAUCACAAACGUUACCUGCAUGGACCAAAAAAACACGAGUGUCACAUCUGUGGCUUUCGAUUUUCAAAAGCAACUGAUUUGAAAGAAAAAUUGAUAAUGUUAUCAAUCAAGACAGAACCUACGAAUUCUAACGGGUCAUAUCAAAUAUGCCGACUUUGUAUGAGCGAGGAAUUACUUGAUGAUAUAUUCAAAGAAGAAAAUCUCUACCAAUGGCUAUCGGAUUAUCUUUCAAUCGUGGUUUCCACCGAUGACCACUUGAGCCAUCUAAUCUGUUCUAUUUGUCGAAUACGAAUGAUCGAAUUCCAUCAAUAUCGAACUCGUUGUCAAGAAGUACAAGACAUUCUGCAAACCAUGGUUGGAGCCGAAGAAGUUGAAAAUGAGAAUUUAAGCUCCGUAGUUAUCGAUGAACCGGGGACGGACGCUAAAUAUACGAUUCAAUUGCUGAACGAAGAACCACAACGAACUGAUUCAACGAUACAAUAUGAAGUGUCUCAUAAAACAUUUGAUACGAAUAAACAGGUUAUCAAACAUCAUAGGGCUCAUGUUCCCAAGAAAUAUGCUUGUGAACGGUGUGGAAAAUCGUUCAAGAAAAGUGGAUUUUUGAACAGGCACAUAAAAAGUUACAAAUGUAUAGUUAUUGAUGAUCAGGGGACGAGCUCUGAAUCACCGAUACAAUGUAAAGUGUGUCAUAAAAUAUUUAAAACGAAAAAGCAGUUAAUCAAUCAUAAGAGGGUCCAUGGCCCCAAGAAAUAUGUUUGUGAACGUUGUGGAAAAUCUUUUGUAAGAAGGGAACAAUUGCUUCAACACACAAAAUGUUACAAAGAUAACUCAGAUGAUUACCAAACUGCAAAUGUGUAUGAUGAAACGAAAAAUAAAUCACAGACCGAGUUGCGAUGUGUCGUCAUCAAAAACGAGAACGCCGAUGACAUGAAUGAUGUGAUUGUAAUUGAGGAAGCUAAAAUUGAAACUCGUUUGGAUUUGGAGCAUGAAGCACGAAGUGCAUUAACAAAUGGCCAAUCUACAAUGAAAAAUGAAACCGUCGUUGAACCAUUUAAGUGUGAGAUAUGUCAAAAAUCCUUUAUAUUUCGAGGCAGGUUACAACACCAUAAGAAGUAUACACAUGGGAAAAAGGAACACGAGUGCCCCAUAUGUGGGAAACCUUUUGCCUACCAGCACCACAUGCAACACCAUAUGCGAACACACGAACCGCGCUGUGAACGGCAGUCGAAGGAAUCGGAAAUUUGCAAUGCAAGAGCUUUCAAAUGCAAUUUUUGCCAGAAGACAUACAAAAGUGACAGGGACCUAAUUCAUCACAAACGUUACCAGCAUGGACCAAAAAAACACGAGUGUCACAUCUGUGGCUUUCGAUUUUCAAAAGCAAGUCGCUUGGCAAAACAUGUGCGAAAGCAUAAUCGAGAAAAGGACAUCAAAAGUAGAAGCACUAUUUCGCCAAAGUCAGAUAAAAACGAAAAUUAAUUCAUAUUUAUAAUUCACAUAGGUAUAAACAUAUUUUGUAAUUUGAAAUAAAGCUGUCAUACACAUAUUUGGAAACUGCACAAAUAAAAGUAACAUUCAAUCAAAC